AUGGGCUUUCUUUCAAACGCAACUGCUUAUAUUCUACCAGGACGAUUACCUAAACAACAAUUGCUGGAUUACCAUGCUAAAAUCCUUCAUCUUGGUGGUAAAACAUUGUUAGAACCUACAAAAGCAGAGUACAUAUUUGUGAAUUACGUACAGUUGGGACGAGUACGGCGCGAACUGAGAACUUUAGGAACGUCCCUUGAAAGUUGUAAAGUUUGCAAAUAUGUGGUUAAUAUAUCUUGGCUGAACGAGCCAAAACAUCCACUUUCAGAGAACCACAGCAGUGUUUUAUGGUAUAAUGCCAGAAAGUUUCAAGAAGAGAAGCGUCGGUUAUCUGAGGAAAGUGAAACCAAUGAUAAUUCUAAGGAAAACGAGCAUCCCAUUAAUGAGUUGAGGGAGGGCUCCAAAGCGGAAAUAGAAGCCUCAGAGGAAUGUGAAAAUCAGGUAUACCCUACGAACAGCACGUUUCCGUAUGUGUUAGAAAUGCCACGUUAUGCUUGUCAGCGCAAAUCGCCAUUGACUUGUCUGAACCAAGAUUUUGUAAGCGCUCUAGAAGUACUGAAAUUAUGUAGAGAAGUUAAUGGUGAACCUAUGCGAGCUCGCGCAUACGGUAUGGCUAUUUCUUCUAUCAAGUCGCUUCCGGUCAAAAUUGACGACGGCGAGUUUCUUACUAAACUACCUGGCUGUGGUCCUAAAAUCACCCAUUUAUGGAGAGAAUUUUCAACGACGGGUAAAUUGAAAGAAGCAGAGCGAUAUAAAAGUGACCCAGCUGCAAAGGUCAUCCGACUCUUUUACAACAUCUUUGGGGUCGGAGCGGCUAAAGCUCUUGAAUGGUACCAAAAAGGAUGGCGCACAGUUGAAGAAGUACAAAAGCACAAAGAAAAGUUUACAAAACAAAUUCAAGUUGGGUUAGGAUAUUACGAAGACUUUACGAAAACCACAACCAUAGAAGAAGCUACAAGUAUUUAUAAGAUAGUUCUUGCUUCAUUACCCGAUGCCAUCAAAGUACAUUCUUGUUUGGUAGGAGGUUUUCGACGAGGAAAGCCAGUGGGUGCAGACAUCGAUAUGGUCCUUAGUCCUUCACCGACUCAUACAACUAACCAUUUAUUAAAUGCCCUAUUAGAGACUCUAAAGCAAGAAUUCUCUUUCAAUAUGAUCUCCAUUCAAGAACACUCCUGCGGUGGAAAAAAGGGGUAUGUUGUUCUAGCAGUUAUAUUGUCACCAGAGUCAAAUAUUCACAGGCGAAUCGAUAUUAUCGUCGUUCCUCCCGCAUACCUGGGCUCCGCCGUUUUGGGAUGGAGUGGCGGUAUCUUCUUCCUAAGAGAUUUAAAAGUUUACGCAAAUGAACGCCAGCUUAGUGUCGACUCAUUCGACAUUAUUGAUCUCAAAACAGGCAAAGACAUUUGCCCUACGACAUUUGACGAAUGGAAGGAUCCAGUUUCAGCAGAAAGGGACGUAUUUCAUUUGCUUCAGCUUGAUUACAUCGAGCCAAGAUAUCGAAAUACUGGCUAA